AUGAGUAGAUUUACUAAAACCCACAUGACCUCACCCAUGUACUUCCCUAGCAUGGAUACCGCCCCUUUCUUUAAGGUGACUGUGUUUGAGCGGGAGCAUUUCCAGGGCAAGUGUCAGGAGUUCACCUCAGAGUGCUGCAACAUCCACAACUGCGGCCUGGACAACAUCCGCUCCAUCCGAGUGGAGAGUGGAGCUUGGGUGGGAUUUGAGCACCAUGACUUCCAGGGCCAGCAGUUCAUCCUGGAGAGGGGCGAGUACCCCAACUGGGAAGCCUACAGUGGCUCCUUGUCUUACCACAGCGAGCGCUUCAUGUCCCUUCGUCCCAUCUUCUGCGCUUCUCACCACAGCAGUCGUAUGAUGAUCUUUGAGAGGGAGAACUUCAUGGGCCGCAGCACCGAGCUGUGCGACGACUACCCCUCCCUGCAGGCCAUGGGCUGGUUCAUGCCCGAGGUGGGAUCCAUGCACGUGCAGUGUGGAGCCUUUGUGUGCUAUGAGUACCCGGGCUACAGGGGCCAGCAGUACAUCAUGGAGUGCGAGAGACACAGCGGAGACUACCAGCACUGGAGGAACUGGGGCUCCCACUGCCAGACCCCAAAGAUCCAGUCCAUCAGACGCAUCAGGCACUGAGA